UUCUAAUUAAUUGAUUAUAACUUCUCGCAGCUUGAUAGUUACAAUUAACUUUAUAGUCAAGUUAAGGAAAACAAAUGCAAAAAAUAUUGUUAUAAUUAUUUUCACAAAAAUUGAAAGGUGUUUAGUUCCUAUAAACCCAAACAUCUCGUGGUGAGUGCGCUCAUGUCCAACUCGCACCUUUUCCUGAAAUCGGGAUUCCCCCGGGCCCCGUUGGCCAACGGAAUCGGCCGAUACGUGUGCCAAUUGCAACGGAUAACACUAAAGUACUGCAAAAACAAUGGUUCCAGCAAGGGAAUGCGCGAAUUCCUGGAGCAAGAUCUGCUCGACUUUAGCCGGGCCAAUCCCGGAGUGGUGGUGUACGUGAAACCGCGGCGCCAUCGGACGGCCGUGAUGACGGCGGAAUAUCUGAACGGGGACCGGCAGUGGGUAAACUGCCGAAACAACAGUCGCGAGGAGAUACAAAAGUGGGUCCAGGUGCUGCUGACACAGGCCGGCCUUUCGAGCGAGACCCGGUUACGUAAACUUUGGCACACCGAAGUACCCUCGAUUCAGGGACCAUGGACCCCGUUCACCCAUCAGCAUCCCUCGGGCAAUUUGGCGGACUAUCCGAGCCGGGAGCUGUCCGAGUUGCGGCUUCGAGACGAGACCGCUACCGAAAAGCUACUGAAACUUUACCAGGAACAGAAGGCGAACAUGGAUGCGAAGUCGUAGAAUGUUCUCUUAAUUUAUAACCGGUAGAUUUUAUUGAUGUUUAUUAGAUGCUUAUAAUCAUAAAUAAAAAAAAUCUUAGCAACAA